UCUAUAAAAAUUUCAAAAAUUACGGGGUCUUAAGUGAGAGACCAGGUCUUGUUCGUCUAUAGUCAGGGUUACGUUUCCGUGCUUGCAUUCUUUUUAUAUACUUGAUCAUAGUUCAUUAAGUCGAGGCAUGGAUAAAAAACCAAGUGUACAAGGCAAUAAGAUGAACAGGGUUUCAUCUGAGAUUGAUUUAGAGGAUAUUUUUAAGCAUAGUAUCAGUGAUGAAGUUGCAGGUACAGACGAUCAUAAAAAUGUUAAGAUUCGUCGCAUGAGUCGAGGUGGUUUUGCUGAUAUUUUUAAGCAUAGUAUCAGUGAUGAAGUUGCAGGUACAGACGAUCAUAAAAAUGUUAAGAUUCGUCGCAUGAGUCGAGGUGGUUUUGCUGAUAGUUCUGAUGCUGGUGGUCUUUUUCGUGUUGAUGAGCUUGCUGAUCUCCCCUCUUUUCCUUUCCCCAAUCAGGAGAUUAUGAAUGGCUUUUCGAGUUGUACUGAAGUAACAGGAGCGCCACUCUGGAGUCAGAGUUAUAGUACUCCCAAGCACUCUUGUGUAACAGCCACAAUGGAUUCACAAUCAUCAAUAUGUGCUGGGAGUCCAACUUCAGCCACCAACUAUUUGCCCAAAAGUGGUGAUAAUCAAGCUGUGGGUGUUACUAGCGGUUCAUCGCAUGAUUUAUCUGAUGAUGAUGAUCUAGAUACCGAAGCUGGUCCAUGUGAGCAGAGUGACCAGGUUGAUGUAAAACGUAUCAAAAGAAUGGUCUCCAACAGAGAGUCUGCGAGGCGUUCCAGAAGAAGAAAACAGGCUCAUUUAGCAGAUCUCGAGCAACAGGUGGAUCAGCUUUGCGGAGAAAACUCAACUCUGUUCAAGAAUCUGACAAAUGCUAAUCAACAGUUCAAAGAUGCAAAUAUGAAUAAUAGAGUCCUAAAGUCAGACGUGGAAGCUUUAAGAGCCAAGGUGAAAUUGGCUGAAGACAUGGUUACGCGAGGCUCCCUAACCUCCAGCAUUAGCAACUUACUGCAGAAUCAUUUAAACACGCCACAUUCAUUCGGAACACAUAACAUGGACAGGGUCGGCAAUGUCUCGCCAACUAUCACUGUCUGCGGAGACAAUUCUUCGUAUCAUGGACUAACAGGAUCAGCUCAGACCUCAACUAUGGAGCAUGACAAUGUUGAACACUUCAAUGGCAUUGUGGAUAAUGGCAUUAUGAACGAGGCUGUAAGCUGUGCGUCGGAGAUUUGGCCCUGGGGACCUCAUGUUCCAACAAUGUCUAAGUAGAUGUGAACUGUGAUUUUCUUUGUUCUCUGUUAGCUAGACUUUCCUAAGUUGUGUUUUAUUUUGGUUUUUGUCGUGUACCAGGACUGUUGUGUUGAAUAUUUAAAUGUGUGUGUUGUUAAUUAAUGUUGCAACGCCAGACAAUUUGUACA